GUCGUUUCCGAGUUCUCUGGCCCCUGAUUGGGACCUCCGCGCCGCGCUUCUCAGGCCGGAGGUGCAGAGACAUACCUCCCCGUCCGGGGGGGGCGCUCAGCCAGCACUGCUAGAUCUGGCCUGCCACUGUGGGCGGGGCCCUGGGAGUCACCUGGAACCAACAGAGGCCUUGGCAACGCACGCAGCAGUGCUUGUGGCAGCAGCCGCCAUAGGGAGGCCAAGCGUGGAGGCGGCACCAGGCUCGGAGCUGGCCAGGGUCCCCUCACCUAUGGAGCACGCAGCCACCACAGGGCCCAGGCCUGGACCUCCCCCUCGGCAGGUGGACAACGUUCUGCUACGAGCCAAGGACUGGUUGCCAGGAGCUCCUGGGGGCACCACAGUGUGGGCCACCAGCCUGGAAGCAGAGGUCCCACCAGAUCUGGUGCUCAGUGAGGAGCAGCAGCUGCAGAUCUCCAAGGAGCUGGUCGACAUUCAGAUCACAACCCACCGCCUACAGGAGCAGCACGAGGCUGAAAUCUUCCAGCUGAAGAGUGAGAUCCUUCGGCUGGAGAGCCGGGUGCUGGAGCUGGAGCUGCAUGGAGAUCACACCAGCCAGGGUGGUGCGGUCCCAGUGGAGGCUGACCCCAGGCACCGCCGGGCACCAGCCCAAGAGCUCAGACACAAAGCCCAGGUGCCUGGACACUCUGAUGACUGCAGACUCCAGGUGCAGCCUAAGAACGCCAUGAACCCCGAGAAUGAGCAGCAGAGGCUGGGGCAUGGCCUGCUGGGAAGCCAGGAGCAGCUGCAGAGACAAGUGAAGUGGGCGCUGGAGCAUCAGGAGGCCCGGCAGCAGGCACUGGAGACUCGUGUGGAAGCCCUGGGCCAGCAGCUGCAGGGAGCCCGAGAGGAGGCCAGAGCAGCUGGACAGCGACUGGCCACACAGGCUGUGGUGCUGUGCAGCUGCCGAGGCCAGCUCCGCCAGGCAGAGGCUGAGAAUGCCCGGCUGCAGCUGCAGCUCAAGAAGCUGAAGGAUGAGUACGUCCUGCGGCUGCAGCACUGCGCUCGGGAGGCGGUGGAGCAUGCAGACAGUGCAGGCCAGGCGCCAGCCACCACGGCCCUCCGCACAUUCCUGGAGGCCACUCUGGAGGACAUCCGGGCAGCGCACCGCAGCCGUGAGCAGCAGCUGGCCCGGGCUGCCCGCACCUACCACAAGCGGCUGGUGGAUCUGAGCCACAGGCAUGAGGAGCUGUUGGCUGCCUACAGGGCACCUGGGAACCCCCAAGCUAUUUUUGACGCAGCCAGCUUGGAUCUGGAACCAUCGCCCAUGCCCCUGGUCACUGACUUCAGCCAUCGGGAGGACCAGCACGGCGGGCCUGAGGCACUGCUUUCAUCCCCAAGGAAGGGACCUGGUGGAGCCUCCCAGCGGGGAACAUCAGAGCCACAGGGCCUGGACGCUGCAUCCUGGGCCCAGAUCCACCAGAAGCUCCGGGACUUCUCCCGCAGCACCCAGGUAGGAGAGCUGGAACGGGAGCGGGCACAGCUGCUGGUCCGGGCCACGGUGGCUGAAGAGCAACUUUCUGAGCUACAGGAGUACGUGGACCAGCACCUGGGCAGGUACAAGCAAGAAAUCCUGAGGCUGAGGAAGCUGGCAGGUUCAGGGAACCCCUGGAAAGUGGGGGCUGUGCCUCCAGCCAAGCUCCAGCAUCCAAGGACCAGCAGCCACUAGCCCAUCUCCCAGGACCAGAGCAGAGCCCAUCACAGCCAGCACGGAGCCCUCCCACCCAGUCUCCCACAAAACAUGAGUCAGUAUAGAACCCA